GGCCCGACCGACCGCCCGAACUUCUGCAAGUGCCGCGACGUGCAUGCGUGGCGGCGCCCGCCCUGGGCGCGCUGGCUCCGGAACUGGCGGGGCACGGCGAUCAAGGCCCGUGGCCGCGUCGAUAAGAGGGGCCCGUGGCACGUGCUGUACGACAGCGCACAUUUCCUCACGAGCACCGCCUGCCAGCGCGCUUACGAGGGGGCCGAGGUCGUCCUCUGGCACGUCCUGGCGCACAGCGCACACGUGAACCAGGUGGAACAGUGGUGGGGGUGGCUUCGGAAGAAGCUCCGCGCCAUGGACUUCGCCGACUCCUUGGCGAAGCCCCCCGUGUCGGGCACGAUGCCGUACAAGGAGUGCGUGAGGGGGGUGAUUCACUCGGCGAAGUCGCAAGCCGUGGCAG